AUGGAUUCCGUCCAAAACCAUUUAGAGAGAAUUUCGUUGCUAGAGGAACCACUGUGGAUAUCUAAUUCUCUGAGUGCAAGCACCAAAUUCCUCGAUAUGAGCGAAUACCGACGCCAGUUUUGCAGUGAGUCGGCGAGGUGGUUCCCGAUGCCUCCGAUGGAGGCUGGCGUUAGCACUGUAGCGUCCAAAACCUCGCGUGAAGUUAUGACCACUCCUUUACCUUUGAUAAGAAUGUUCAUGAACACGGAAUACUGGAAAGAUCUUUUCCCUUCCAUCGUAGUUAAUGCUUCAGUGGUGGUCUCUGGUGGGAGACAGCUUUCUCCAAAGAUCAAUCAAGACACAAAAUUAGCAGAUAUAGAGAUACAAGCUCAGUUGCAAAUUCUCACUCCUUUGGUUGGAUUGAGAGAAACAAUAUUCAAGAGGACUUGUUAUCGCCUGAAAGACCGACGAGGAUGGCUAUUGGUGGAUCUUCCCAUUUAUGAGAUGCACAUCAAUGAUUCAAGCCGCUGCCAGCUUCCUUUCGUUCGGAGCUUACUUGUGUGUCCUUCAUCAAGAACUCUUGGGUUCUCAAAGGUGAUAUGGGUCGAAAUGUUUCAAUAUCAGUCUAAUGAAGUCCACCCUUUGUACUGUCAAACUCUUUGGUCCCAACGUUGGUUAUGUACACUCUCCAGAGAAUGUCUGCGUCUACACAGUUAUGAUCAGUAUUUCUCACCUCUGGGCCUCUCUGUUCCUGACGAAGGAGUGGCAACUCUAAAGCGCCUCGUCAUCCUUGCAAAGGAGAUGACAACACGCUUCUACUCCGGCAUUGCGUGUGCAACUCCACGCUUCGUACCAAUUGAUGAUGAUGCUCAUGAAUGCAUGUCCUUUGCCAUGGAUACUAACUACUGGGUUGCCGCCAAGUCCACCAAGUUCGGCAUGAUGCAACAUCAGAAGCUACUGGAAUUGGUCCUGUCAACAGAUCGUUUGGUUGGUGAGAAGCUUUUGCAGAUCCCCUCUUACUAUGAGAAGAAUUGCAUCUCUCUCCACCGCCACACGGAGCAUGGAGAUAAACGAAUGGUGCGUGAUACCAGUUUCGACGAAUCCGGAGGUGUUGUGGUGACCGCUCAAAUGGAUUCAGAAUCGCUCAACAAUGAAGACGAUGUUUCCUCCGUUAUCACCUCUGCUUUUGGACUCAGCAUCCACCCGGAUUACGAUGGCUCCAUCCUCACGCUUAGUUAUGUGCAACCUCCCUCUUCCUCCUCCGAGGGCCAUUGGAAGAAGGAAAUUUCCAACAAGAUUUGCAACAUCAUUCAAGAUAUUGCUCUGACCUUUGAGUCUUAUUCGCUGACUCUCCCUCUUACCUCGUUUACUUAG